AUGCCUGUGUUCGGGUUAGUGGUGUAUACAGAGACGUGUGGUGGGGAGCUGGAGAGUGAGGCUGAAGAUGUGAUCACCUUACAAACACUACUGCAAGGUACUGAACCUAACUCACCACCACCUGCACUCCUUCCCCACCAACAACUCAACCAGUACUUGUGUAUAGUGCGCGGACUACGUGUUGUGUUCAGCACUCAAGCUGAGAAACUCAUCCGUGGUUACUACGUGGCUACCAGGAGAAUUCGUGGUGACUGCGUACAAGGCUCUGCUGUUCCUAUUACUGCUAUAAACACACUAGCUCAGGUUGCAGCCAGCCAUGCUCGUCUUGCUCUGCGCUGCACUGUGGAGGGAUGGGAUGCAGCUGCUGCAGUGCUGAUGUGUGAAGAAGCUCUGGCGGCACACUCGGGCUACUCCCUGCUCCACGUCAUUCCAACCCCACACCUACCACCACACUGUGACUUACACACGCUCUUAGGAAGAAAGAAUGAUGAACGUAUGAUAAACUUCCAGAAGAACCUCGAGGACUUCAUACACACACACACAGGUGACAUACCAACAAUACAGUAAAAUAAAGAAAAGGCAAAGAAGUGCUUUAAUCAGAAAACAGAAUAACUUAUCUUACAACUACUCAGAUAUGACGAGUGUGAAAUGUUGAAAAACUAGCGAGAUAAAUAUUUUUAUUAUAACCCAAAUUCUCAUGUACAGGCAGGCCCUGCUUUACAGCGUUUCGCUAAUACAGUGGUUUACAAUUAUACCCAUUCUUCAUUUAUUCAGACUGCCUACGAUAAAUAUAUUUACCACUUACUAUGAGCAAAGGACAAAAAUAUUGUAAGUAAUGUGUACUGUAUUUGCAUCUUUUAGGCAUAGCUAUAUUGCUCACUUAAUAUAUGAUAGUGUAAACAUGUUAUCAGGCUUUUAUAUGCAUUUGAAAGUGAAAAAAAGCUGAGAUUCACUUUACAGCAGUAGCUCGGAACCUAACCUGCUAUAUAAGCUGGGCCCUCCUGUAGUAAUAUUUAAAUCUAGUAAUAAAACAAAUUCUUUACUUUAGUAAACUUCACUUCAAUCUAAAAUAUUUUAGGUAAAGUUUUUCAACCUCCUCUAGCUGCAUGACCCUUAUGGAUUUAGGACUUUCUAUGAUGAUGAUAAUCAACUACCUCUAGCCUUUUUAACAUUCUCAUAUAUUCAUAAAACUGAGAAAUUCACUAGCACAAAAUAGUGUGAAAAUAACAGGAUCAGGAAUUUGUUUUGCAAGUUUGGUUAACAUUAUUCUACUGAAGCUUGCAGCUUAAAUUACCAAUAUAAUGAAUAAAAGAGGCACUUACCAGAAGCAGGUUGCAUCCAGUCACUAGUGAGGGAAUUACAGUGCUCUUCCAGCCUUGUAGUCACCCACGAGGCAAGUAGUCUUUCAGUAUUGUAGUCAUCAGUGAGGGAAGUACAGAAAUGUACCAGUGUUGCAGUCACUGACUUGUGUAACUGCCCACUGCAGCAUUUAUACAAUUCCCCAGCAUUCAGCAAUAUACUACCGAUUAUAAACUUGCACAAAUGCUCAGUAGAAGCUGUCCCACAUGUCAUGAGUCUCUCACUAUUAUUGAUUAAUUCAUGGGAUACAUUAUCAUCAACAGACAUCCAUCUUUGUAAGAUCUCCCUCACCAGGAGGUUAUCUCCCUAAUGCUCAUGUUGGUGGCCUCUCAAAUACCUUUUUAUUACAUUCCAGUUAUUUUUAAAUUUGUGAGAAUCACUAAACUCUGUGGUCAUACAAUGCCUGAGGAAUGGGAGGCAAUCAGCUUAAUACAGUGGGAGGGUAGCUCAAACUCCUUGAAUGAAGAGCCUAUCACCAGCAUCAAAGCAGCUCGUACUGAAGGGACUACACCAUGAGUUGUCACUACAAUAUGCUUAUGAUAAGUGAGGCAUGCCUCACUAAUAUGGCAGGUUAGGUUCCAGACCAUCACCAUAAAGCAAAUCACAGCCUUUUUUUUUUUCCACUUUCCAGUGCAUAUAAAAGCUUAAAAACAUGCUUAUACUAUCAUUUAUUAAGUGCACAGUAGCACUAGGCCUAAAUGAUACAAAAGUAAAAAUAAAUAUAAAAUUGAAAACUGCUGAAAAAUCAUCUUAAGAGCAAGGCGUGCAUUGAAAUAACAAACAUGAAUAUAACUGAAAAGAGCUGUAUUAGUGAAGCAAGCACCAUAUUAAUGAAGUAUGCCUGUACAAAGUUAAAAUAUGCUGCAAUAUUGUCAUAUGUUCUCUCUCCUUCACUGACUUCUUUGCUUGAACUACUACUACUUGUCAGCCACCAACUUGACAAGUAUAAAUGGAAGUUAGUAAAUAUCAGCACUUAACAUGGAGGUGUAUGAAAACUCAUCAUUAUAUUCAUGAGGAAGAACUAAACCUAUUAGAGUCAUACAGUAUCUAGCAAAUGGGAGGUAAUUAGGUUUGAUCUGAGGAAGGAGGGAACACUUUCAAUUCUUUGGAGGUUGAGUCAUUCACCAGCAUUAAGGUAUCCCUUCAAAAGAAAAGAUGGGAUGUAACAUGUUAAUCCAGUGUCUCAUCAGACUGGGUCAGCAGUGUACACACAGGUGACCUGAAUAAAAUUACAAAAGUAGUGCCAUCUACUUUAUUUAUUUUUUCUUCAACUUCCCAUAAAUUUGUUCAUAUAUCAUUAUGUUAUAGAAUAUCUAGCUAUUUGUACAAGUUAAAAACUUACGAAAUUACUCUACCGCAAAGUUAGCGAUCCCGACACUAUUUAUGCACCAGCGAUUUUGCCUAUUUUGAGUCUGUU